AUGUCUCAGCUUCAUAUUUGCAAGUUCGGUCGGGGGUCCGCGACCACCCCACCAACAACCACGCCACGACAACAAGACCACCUCACGUUGACGGCAGAAGCAGGCGGAGAACUUGGUAUGACGGAUCAAAAAGCCAGACAAUCAGCAACAACCCCUCCGCCGGUACCAUCGACGCCCGCACGAACAGACAGGAGAUUGGGAGUGGACGAUCUCAAUCGUACAGGCUGUCUCUGCACACUUACGAAGAAACACGACUCCGUUGAUCAUCGGAGUUAUGUUAGGCGUUGCCGUGGAUGUCAGCCAGGGGAUGGUUUCCAGAAGACAAAGAAGGCAGCAAACUACAGGUCCGCCCACCAUAGCUUCCCAGAGACGAAAGGCAAGAUUUGUACUCCACCAUGUCAGCGCGUGUCUUGGAGGAUUGGCCGGCCUUAUGCGUUGAAGGGUCGGUAG